CAUACUUCAACCUCUCUUUCCCUUAAUUUGCUUCUCCUCCUCUUCCAACUCGAUAGUCUUCCUUUCAAGACGCAAUGGGUCACCAGGAUUCCCCAUCCUCCAGCUCCUCCUCAUCCUCUUCAUCCUCUGAUCACUUUCCAAUAUUCCACACAAACUCCAACAACAGUAGUAGUACUACUGCUCCUUCAACCUCACUCUCUCCCAUGGGUCGUCGACCUUCUCCCAAGAGAAAAGCUGGCAGGAAAAAGUUCAAGGAGACUCGUCACCCCGUGUACUGCGGCGUUCGACACCGCAACGGUGGUAAGUGGGUGUGCGAGAUUCGUGAGCCAUGCACCAAAAACCGGAUAUGGCUCGGCACGUAUCUCACACCGGAGAUGGCAGCACGAGCUCAUGACGUCGCUGCUAUAGCUCUUCGUGGCAACUCAGCCCAGCUUAACUUCCCUGACUCAUUCUCCACCUUGCCUCGAGCUGAAUCUGCUUCGCCUGAUGACAUCCGAAGAGCUGCCUCUCAGGCUGCUGACAUGUUCUCCUCCGGCAAACCUGCUGCCUCUUUGCAGAAUGAUGGUGAUGAUCACAGUAAUGGUGAUGGUAAUGGAAAUAGAUUAACAACAGCUGGUGAGAGAAUAGAAUUGGCCGAGGAGGUGUCUGAUAAGUCGCCUUCUACGACGACAUCAAAACCGAUGCCGGUAUCAGUGUUUGUGGAUGAGGAGGAGCUUUUCAACAUGCCGGGACUGCUGAACAACAUGGCGGAAGGGAUGCUGAUAACGCCGCCUUCCAUGCAGCAAGAGUUCAACUGGGAUGUUAUGGACGUCGAAGUGGAGUUCUCCCUGUGGAAUGAUAAUAAUCAGCUUUGAUUCAUUCAAUUAAUCCAGCUGGUUUUUUUUAUUGUGUUUCUCUUCAUCUUAAUUAGUUAAUCCUCAUUGGUUAGUCGUGUAAAUUAAUUUCUACACCGAACCAUGUAUAGGGUUAUGGAACCUGCAGGUUGAUUUGUUUUGAUGAUAUUCUUAAUUAAUUUUUAUUAGACAA